AUGAAACCAAAAAGGAGAAAAUGGGAAAAGAAAGACUGUCUCCCCCAUUUGAAACACACGUCAGAAGAUAAGCUUAGUCUUCCAGAGAGUAUUCACCGUAAAGAACUAGACAAGGAAGCAAGGCAACCUAUAGAAGCUGCACCAAAGAAGAAAUAUGCAUUUCAAUCAUUUGCCAUCUCACCAACUCCUGUUGUUUCCAAGAUUCCUAUUGACAUUAAAUUCUCCAAAAUACACAGGCAAAAGAGUCCACUUGAAGAAUUCAAACAAACUGCUGCUGAAUUACUGUGUGAACUUGGGGAGACAUUGCAGACAUAUGCUGAGAAUAAUAUUGCUUUCCCUGUAGGAAUUGUAAAUCUUGUGAAUUACAGUUGGCUUGAUCUCAUUGAAGGAACUUAUAAAUAUGCAAUCAAAAAGUCACUGUCAAAGAAACAAAUUGUCUUGCAAAGCAAUUCCAGUUCCAUGAUGGUUGACAAAAUCAACUAUCCAAGAAUAGAAUAUCAUAAGGAAAAUUAUCUGAUGAAAGCAAAAAAAGACCACCACCAUUUUGUACCAAUUGAAAAAACAUCAAAACAGAAGAAGCUAAGCUGA